GGGGCAGAGUCUCCGGUGCCGGUUGAGUUUGACAGCGAACCGGCUCGUUGUUGGAGCGCACGCCGUGUUUGUAUCCGUUAAAGCGGCGUUUUCAUGAAACAUGAGGAGGAGAAGCAGCAGCAACGCCAGCAGGAGAAGCUCCACUGUCCGGAGACGGAGUGAAAACCUGAGGUUCGACGAGUUCGGCUUCGCUGUGACCAAAAGAAGGACCGAAAACUGCAUCACCGAUGUCACGAGUACAGUUACCCCCAGCUCGGCUCGGUGAGGGUGAAGGAGCUUUGCGAGCUGCUCAGCUACUGGAACGGAGCCAGCUUCAUCUGCAAGAGUCAGAUCGAGCGGUUUAUCAGGAUGGGUGUUCCUCCGAGCCUACGAGGACGAGUGUGGAAGUGUCUCCUCGGUAUCGACAGUCUGAGAGAAACCAGUGACUUCAACUAUCAGAACUGCUUGUCAGAGGUGCGAGGGCCGCUGGUGGACCUCGGAGUCAGUGAGUACGGCAUCCUGUCAGCGAUUGCCACGCUGAGCGAAACCCAAAACGACCUGGGUUUGAACCAGCAGCAGCAGCAGAGCUCCAGCUGCCCCGAGCCCAGAUACUCUGUGGACGACAUCACGCUCUUCAGACAGAUUGCCCUCGACCUACAGCGUUCCUUCCCCACUCACCGCUCUCUGAUGGGGGAGAGCCCAGAAGCCAUCGAGGGUCAAGCUAAACUCUUCAGGGUCCUCAUCGCCUACGCCAAAUACAGCCCGCAGGUCGGAUACAGCCAAGGGAUGUCCUACAUAGCUGCGGUGCUGCUGAUGCAGUUGGGGGAGGAGGAGGCGUUCUGGGCUCUGACAGCCUUGUUGGAUAAACCCAAAUAUCUGCAAGAACUGUUUGACCUCAACCUCACCAAGGUCCAGCAUCAGGUGAAGGUGUUCGACCAGUUCCUGAAACACAGGAAGCCGACGCUCUCUCAGCACAUGGAGUCGGUAGGAGUCUUAUCAGUCCACUUUGUGAUGCCAUGGUUCCUCACUCUCUUCUCUUCCCUGCCCUGCUGGGACUCUGUGCUGGCUGUCUGGGAUCUCAUCAUUCUGCACGGCCUGUCCGCCCUGUUCCGCACCGCUCUGACCAUCAUCGAGCUGCUGGAGCCUCGACUGAUGGAGCUGAACGACGAGGCGGCGGUGUUACCCCUGCUGCUCAGAGUACCUGUUGAUGUGGCCCAGUACAGCGUGUUGGUCCCUGCCCUGUGGAACACCGAGGUCCAAGACUGGGAGCUCAAAUGUAUGAACAGUCUGGUGUUGGACGACAGCCACCAUGGACUCAAAGCAGACGAGUGUGAGGCGCAGACGGCUGCAGCCCAAGAAGUCAGCGGAGGGAAAGAAAACCUACCGACACCUUCGGACGGAGAAAAGCCGGCUGAGAAAGACUCAGUCACCAGGGCCAAAAGUGUACUGACCCGAGUCGUGCGUCUGGCCCAGCGGUACCUGCUGGCCCCGAUGGGUCGACAGAGGGCCGAAGAGAAGCAGACGAAGCCCAGACAGCGUAGUCCUGCACCCGGACGAGUGUUCAGGAGCCGGACGUCAGCUUCACUAACAGCUCAGGUCAGAUCCAGGAGGCGGAGCCAGCAGAGAGGUGGAGCACAGCGUCCGGCGGCGCAGGGGAGCAGCGGUGAUGUCACCGUGACAGAUCCAGCCAGAUCAGAACAAACCUUCAAGAGGUCGAGUACAGGACCUGUCGGCAAGGCGGCCCAUCGUCGCAGCAACCACAGCCUCGUCCAGCCUAUGAGAGUCAAGUCCCUCCGUCUCCUCCGAAAUAACAAGAACCCGCAGAGCCAGACGCCUCCCUCCUCCUCUGUCCUCCCCCCAUCACUCCGGUCUUCCUCCCUUCCUCCGUCUUCCUCCAUCCGGUCUUCGGGUCCUCCAUCGUCCGGCGCUGCUCAAAGCGGAGAUCUGCAAAAGCAGGAAGACACCGCCCGGACAGCCUUCAUCAGGGAGUUGUCUUCCAGACAUCAGACCAGCGUCCCGUUCAGGAACAGCAGAGAGUCGAAGCUGAUCUGACGCCGACGAAAAAGGAGGAUCAGGACGGAGCGAGUGAAGUGACGAGCGCACUAAAUGUUUACAUCAACAGUUCGUUUUUAUAGAUCUUCAUGAAUCCAGACCAGAUUUUAAGCUUAGUGAACACAGAGUAUCUCUGUGCUGCUCAUGUUUUUAAUAUGCUGUAUGACUGCGUGCACGCACACGCAUGGAUUUUGAUACUACUUAGCACUGCACUGCUGUUUGUUUUUCUAGUUGAGCCAUAAAAGCUUAACCAUGUUUUUAUUGUCUGACACAGUUGGCACUAAUAAAACUCUGAUAUUCUUAA